AUGGGUUUAACAUCUACUCAAAGAGAAAUACUUUCAGGUUUAAGUGCUGGUUUUUUAACAACAACAAUAACACAUCCAUUAGAUUUAUUUAAAAUUAGAAUUCAAUUAGAUAUUAAUAGUAAUACUCAUCUCCAAGCUAUUCAAAAAAUCCUUAAGGAAUUUAAAUCAUCUCCAAAACCUUUUUUAGAAAUUUAUAGAGGGUUAUCAUUAAAUAUAAUUGGUAAUUCAACUGCAUGGUCAAUUUAUUUUACAAGUUAUAGAAUUUUUAAAGAUCUAAUAAAUAAACAAUCAACUUCAUCAGAUUCCUUAAUUUUAAAAGAUUCAAAUUUACAAUCAUGGCAAUAUUUAAUAAGUGCAUUUGGUGCAGGUAGUUUUACAGCUUUAUUAACAAAUCCAAUUUGGGUACUUAAAACAAGAAUUUUAAGUACAAGUAAAUCAUCACCAGGUGCUUAUUCAAAUAUAAAAGAUGGUGUUUUAAGAGUCUUGAAUGAAGAAGGUAUCCGUGGGUUUUGGAAAGGUUUGAUACCAAGUUUAAUGGGUGUUGGACAAGGUGCUUUACAAUUUACUAUAUAUGAUACAUUGAAAUAUCAAAUUAGAAAAGAUGAUAAUAUGGGGAAAUUACAUUUCCUAGAAUAUAUUUCAAUGAGUUGUUUCUCCAAGAUCAUUGCAUUGUUAAUAAUGUAUCCUUGUCAAGUUUUAAAAAGUAGAUUACAAGAUUAUGAAAGUAUUUAUCAGAAAAAAACAAUUAAUCAAAUGAUUAGGAAAAUUUAUUUAAAAGAAGGUAUUAAUGGAUUUUAUAAAGGUAUUGUACCAAAUAUUAUAAGAGUUUUACCUGCAACUUGUAUAACUUUUGGUGUUUAUGAAGAAAUGAGAAAGAUUGUAUGA